CGAGCACUCGCUGUACGCUGCACUGCUCUACAGCAUCACUGGCCAUAAGUAAGUGUGUGUGUGUGUGUGUGUCUAACCCUCCAGUGCUGCUCGUCUAGACGUUCAGGAUGUGUGGCAGGUGGCUUGUGCUAUAAACAAACAACAACACCCCCUGCCAACUCGGGCUCUCCCACAGUAUAAGACUCCUGGUCAGACUCAGCAGCGGCUCUGGGAUGGCUUCCCCAGGAUCCGCCAGUGGCAGCAAGAGAAAUUCCUCGGAGAUGGAGCAUUCUCAGAGAGUACCGGAGGCGGAGCCUGUCCAGCCACAGGUAAAACUAAAGGACAGACAAAAGUUCUUUGAAGAGGCUUUUCAGCAGGACAUGGAACACUACCUGUCCACCGGAUACCUACAGAUUGCGGAGAGAAGAGGAAGCAUGUCAUCAAUGGAGGUGAACGUGGACAUGCUGGAGCAAAUGGAUCUGAUGGAUAUGUCUGACCACGAGGCGUUGGACGUCUUUCUCAACUCUGGCGGCGAGGACAACAGCGUAGCCUCACCGAUGCUGGGUCCAGAUGUGGAGUCGUUCACUUCUGAGAUCACUCUUCAGGUGCCCACACAGGCGGACCUGAGACACAAGCUCGCAUCGCUGUCCUCCACCUGCACGGACUCAGCCAGCCAAGACACGGAGGCGGGGGAAGAGGAGGAGUACAACGAUGAUGAUGAUGAUGAAGAUGAUGAGAGGGAACAAGCAGCCAACCGUGGCUCUCUGCUCAUCCAGCCGGAUCUAGAAGAGGUCGAGGAGGAUGCCAGGUUACUCGAAAGAGAACAAAACCGGCCAAUCAAGAACAGUGAGAGCAGCAGCUCAUCCUGAAAACACAGAGGAUGAACGACAGACUGUAAGCGGAAGUGAUGUAAUUAGCAGGUGUGCUGUUCAUUUGCGUCAAAAGGAAGAGUACACAUUUGUGUUUUAUGACACCCUUUUGGUUUUUGUAAAGAAGUUCUUUGUCGUGUGCUGUGCAGUAUAAGCCCGAUCCUGUGCCUGCCCUCACAAAUCAAUAAAUCUCUUUUAU